UGGUGCAGGGCAGAGGGGGAGAGUUCAGUAGCUCUGAGCAACUUUCUAACAAGUAGACUGGCUUUCUUUUUUUUUUUUAAACUACUUUUGUGAUUUGAUUCCGGUCGCUGCAAAGAUGACCACAGCCGUGGUAUCGCCUUUCUUCGACUUCGAAGUAAUGAACAAGAACAAACUUCUCAGCUACAACAACAACCUGGGUGUCUCCCAUCCAAUGUCUGUUCCUUGCACUAGCACCAACGUGCCCAUCUCCAGCUCCGCCGGACCCCUGCUGGACAGGAAGGCGGUGGGAUCUCCCUCAGUGGGAGGCGUGUACCAGCGGCGGCACUCUGUCAGCAGCACAAAGUUCAACCAGAACCAAUUUCUGAAUAGCCUGAAGGCAGCGGACCAGUCCUCCUCACUCAUCUCAGGGGUUGGCAAUGCCAGCAACAACAAGGAGAACCGCCUGCGAGACCGCUCCUACUCCGAGACGGGCGAGAGGCUCAUCAACAAGUGCCUAGGCCCUGCCAGUCCCACUGGCAGCAGCAGCCAAGUGAACUCCAGCCGUUACAAGACAGAGCUCUGCAGGCCCUUUGAGGAGAACGGUUCCUGCAAAUAUGGCGACAAAUGCCAGUUUGCUCACGGAAUCCAUGAACUGCGCAGCCUGAGCCGCCAUCCUAAGUACAAAACUGAGCUGUGCCGCACCUUCCACACCAUCGGUUUCUGCCCAUACGGGCCUCGCUGCCAUUUCAUCCACAAUGCCGAGGAGCGUCGUGGACCUCCCCAGCAGUCCUCUCCUCUUAACUCUAUGAACAAGAUGGAGCGACCUCGGCUGCAGCACAGCUACAGCUUUGCUGGUUUCUCCAACUCAGUAGGGCUGAGAGACAGCCCCACCUCAGUCACCCCUCCACCCAUGUUCUUCCCUGAUGAGAUCCCAGACUGGCCCAGCAGAAAUCCCUUCACCUACUCCAGCCAGGAGCUGGCCAGCCUGUUCGGGCCCAGUCUCAAUGCCGGUCCUGUAGGCACAGAGCCCAACACCCCUGCACCUCCCUCUCCAACAAGCACAUCUUACUAUUUCAGACCCAUGUUGGAGUCCCCUCAGAUGUUGGAGUCUUCAUCCCCCCCAGACUCUAUGUCGGAUCAAGAGGGCUACCAGAGCAGCUCUGGUGGCAGCCUGUGUGGCUCAGAGUCCCCCACGCUGGAUAACACCCGCCGCCUUCCCAUCUUCAGCCGCCUCUCCAUCACUGAUGACUAGACUGCACGCAUCCACUAGUGACUUUUAAAUUUGACGACACAAAGAACAUGGCACUCCCCUCUACCUCUGCCCUUCAGACUCCCCUCUGCCCUCAAAGCUCCCUUACACAUCACGUUAGUUCCUUGUUAGCAUUAUGAGGAUAUAAUCAACUAAGGGAACCCUCAGCUAAAUCUAUCAUUUCUUCCCACUUAAUCUGCACAGCAAGUUUUAAAAGAAAGUACCCCGCCAUGUGUCAUAGUGCCAAAAAAGGAGAGGAAACUGAACAAUGAAAUGAUGAGAACAACAAUUGACUGUUUAUGCCAGGUGCCACUUGUUUUUCUUUUUGUUUUUCUUCUUCUUCAUGUAUUAUUGAAUGUGUUGCAGCACAAGUGGCCUUGGAAAGGGGUGUGCUUUGCACUAGCCCUCAUCCCCCUCCCCUCUCUCCCCUGCCAUCCUCCCUGAUGAUACCACUUCCCCUGAGCUUGCUAGAGGGUGCUCAGUAAUGUAACUGUAGCUCUACACCGCAGACGUUUUUACAGACUGAGUUAAGACAAACGGAGAGAAAUGACAGACCCUGAAAAUAUAUGAAUAGUUUUUUUUUUGUUUUUGUUUUUUUUAAAGAAAUGGAGAAAAAAAGUGCCUGGGCAGUUUCUGCAUGUGUUUAGGGUGAAUGGACUACUGUUUGUUUUGGUUCUUUCUCAUUUGCCCCCACCCACCUCCUUCUACCCCUCAGUCAAGCCCCGUCUUAUGUAAUUUUGAACCGGGUGAGUCUGCAGGAAGGACUUUGAACUGGAAGUUGGUUAUGGCCCCCCCUCUCCUCCUGUUGCUGGUCACUGGCUGUUUCCUUUUUUUUUCUUUGGGAAGGAAGUUGAUAUCAAACUGAUCAUUAAACCUGCAAGACUUUGUCCUGCCCCCAGCACCUACACCUUCAUCUUCACCGAUCCGGGGAAUUCCAGCAUUCCCAUAAUAUAGUUAUACGUCACAUGACUUGACAAGAUCGGAUCUCCAAGCUAUUUUACUUUACUUGUCCCCCUCCCAUCUCCUUCACUUUAGAACCUGCUCCAUGGAGCUCUCUACUCUCAUUACAUCCCUUUUUGCUUUCUUUAUUUGAUAAUUAUUUUUUAUUAAUGUUAUUAUUACGGUUAUUAUUAUUUGAGAAACUUUCCAGACAGAAGGUUUGCGUGUCACUGCUUAUUUAACUUAUCAGAACAUAUUUAUUGGUGAUCAUAUGCAUUUUUUGUUAAUUUUGUUUUUUGUAUUUAUCUGGAUAAUGAACAAUAGAAUAUAUUUUCUUUUAUGUUAAAUUAUGAUCUUCCAUAUUAAUCUAAAGAUUGUGAAGACGUUUUUGUCAGUUUUCCUUUUUUUCACAGUUUAAUAUAUUGUACUUCAAUGACUUUUGUUCUGCAACUACACUUUGUCAAAAUGAAACUUAAUUUAAAGCAAGAAAAAAAAAAUGCAAAAAAA